UUCCUUUUCAUGUUACUUAAUUGUUUCCUUUUGAUUUCAUAUCCAAUCAGUUAUCUAUUAAUUUUCCAGGCUAAAUAUUUGCUUCAUCACUUUACCAAGAGACUUUUAAAUUGUCCCUAAGGAUGAAUUGUGACUUUAGCUCAUCUUGAUUACUUUUCAUUUUUUACUUCUAUUUAUUUUUAACUACUAAUUCUAUCAACUUGUUCAGUCUCUUUUCUUAUUGUGAAGGUUGAUCUUCUUGCUUAUUCCAUCUCACAGUUAUUUCUAGAUUGCGUGUUCGCUCAUUGUUACCAAUACAAACAGUCAAACAAUGAGUGAUCCCGAUCUUUCACGACACCAAACUUUGGAAGAUUGUCUCCAGAAUUGGAGAUGUAUCUUGGUCAAUGCUUAUCCUGUGGUUACUUGGGAUGCUCCUUACCAUCCAUACAUUCUUAGUGCUAUUGUUGCAUUUAUUUUCUUGAUCAUUUGGUUAUCUCAUGCCACCAUUUUAACAACUCUUUCAAUCAUUGGAUUGAUCAUUACAGUUGCUGACUAUUUAGUUCCUAUUAUCUCAACUCACUAUUUGGAACCUCGUUUCUGGCAAGAUUCGGAUGAAGAGAAAUACAAGAAAAUCGUAUAUCACAUUUCUCAAGGAAGUCAAACUAUUUCAUCUUUCAUUAACUAUCUAAAGGAUCUGAAAAGUUCAAACUCAAAGAUUUAUUUCCCAAUAUUGUUCAUCUCUUUAAGUUUCUCUGCAUGGAUUGGAAAUUUAGUCAACAAUUUACUUCUGACCUUUAUAAUGGUGAACUUUAUCGUUCUCCUGCCUGGUUUACGACAUCAUGGAUACAUAGACAAAGCCCAUGAACAAGUCAGGGGAAUCUUUGCCAAAGUACUUGGAGGAUCCAAAAAGAAAGACUAAAACAAAACAAGAUGAAAGUAAAUGAAAGAAAAAUUCAUGACACAAGAACAACCAGAAUCAAGGAAAUGAUUCUUUAAUUAUCUCUCCAUUCACAUUACACAAGAUAUUUAUUCAUCUUUAACUCAACUUAAUUUCUGUCAAAAGAUUUAUUAUUACCUGUUAAGAACUACAAAGAAACUAUUUACUUCCUCCAACAAAAUCAAAAAUUACAUUAGGAUUUAAUUCAAGCUUCAACCUUUAAUUAUCCUUGACAAACAAUUACGUCCAAGCUUCAUGACAGCUGAUUUAAAAUACUGACCAUUUCAACUGAUAAGAUUAUAAUUGUAAAUGAUUGAUUAAUCAUAAUGAUUAACAAAAGUGAUCUCUGGCUACUGAUUGAAACAACGAUAAUUACUAAACCAACAA